AUGUCUGAAAACAUCCCCGAAUCUAUUCCCACCUCCGCCGACCCUCGUUCCAAGCGUCCUCUGAAACGUCGUGCGAUAUCUCCUCGCUCAGAAACUGCCUCUCAUAUCGACAAGUUGAUGUCCGUCGGCUUACCCGAAGAUGGAAAAUCCACAGAGAAAAAUGCUCUAGGCACGAGAAUAACAGGAGCUGUUCCUGAAAUUGUGCAGAAUGUGCAAGGAAGUUCCGCAGGAGCUGGAUCGGGGGAGUUUCACGUUUACAAAGCGAGUCGUAGAAGGGAAUAUGAGAGAUUGAAAGGGAUGGAUGAGGAGGUUAAAAAGGAAGAGGAGGCGGAGCAAUGGGAGAGGGAGAAAAAGGAGAGGGAAGAGAAAGAUGCCGAAAAGACGAGGAAGGCUAGGGAGAAGAGGGAAAAGAAGAGACAGAAGAAAGGUGGUAAGGGCGACCAAUCUAGCAUUGUUGCCGGUGCGCAAGCUGGAAAAUUCAUGCCUAGGAUUGAUGCGAAUGUUAAAGGAGAUGAUGACAAUGAAGUAUCUGGGACAAAUACUGUUGGAGAGGUACAGGAACAAGUAGGCGUCAUCAUCCACGAUGAUGAUUGA